CCGCCGCGCUCGACCAAUGAGGCGUCAGUUUACUAUCGCGUGGUUUGGUUCAGGGAGGGAAAAACUCCCCGCGGCCGGUUCGCGCGCUGACGGACGGGAAGUUGACAGGAAGCCCGGCAGCAUCAUGGACGUGGAGAUGGCGGAGGCUGAAUGCGAGAAGAAGAAGCCGACGGAAGGCGGCCAGAAGGCGGACACGGACGCCGGGGAGGGCUCGGUGAAAAGCUCCGGCGGCGGGUCGUACGAGCUGCCGUGGGUGGAGAAAUACCGGCCGCUGAAGCUGAGGGAGAUCGUGGGGAACGAGGAGACGGUGAGCCGGCUGGAGGUGUUCGCCAGAGAGGGAAACGUCCCCAACAUCAUCAUCGCAGGUCCUCCAGGCACAGGAAAGACCACCAGCAUCUUGUGUUUGGCCCGAGCUCUGCUGGGAGCCUCCAUGAAAGACGCCGUGCUGGAGCUCAACGCUUCAAACGACAGGGGAAUCGACGUGGUGAGGAACAAGAUCAAGAUGUUUGCUCAGCAGAAAGUCACACUGCCCAAAGGACGGCACAAGAUCAUCAUCCUGGAUGAAGCCGACAGCAUGACAGACGGAGCCCAGCAGGCUCUGAGGAGGAUCAUGGAGAUCUACUCGAAGACGACGCGCUUCGCUCUCGCCUGCAACGCCUCCGAUAAGAUCAUCGAGCCGAUCCAGUCUCGCUGCGCGGUGCUGCGGUACUCCAAACUGACCGACGGACAGAUCCUGGCCCGGCUGCAGGAGGUGGUGGAGCAGGAGCGUCUGUCUGUGUCAGACGACGGGCUGGAAGCAGUCAUCUUCACCGCCCAGGGAGACAUGAGACAGGCGUUAAACAACCUGCAGUCCACCAACUCCGGCUUCGGCUACAUCAACAGCGAGAAUGUCUUCAAAGUGUGCGACGAGCCUCACCCUCUGCUGGUGAAAAGCAUGCUGGGACACUGCGUGGAUGGGAACAUCGACGAGGCCUACAAGGUGGUGGAGCAGCUGUGGGCGCUGGGCUACUCUCCGGAGGACAUCAUCGGAAACAUUUUCAGGGUCUGCAAGACUUAUCAGAUGGCCGAGUACCUAAAACUGGAGUUCAUCAAGGAGAUCGGUUACACUCACAUGAGGGUGGCUGAAGGCGUCAACUCCCUGCUGCAGAUGGCCGGUCUGCUGGGUCGACUCUGCAGCAAGACGGCGCCCCCUGCUGCCAGCUGAACCCAACACUUCGCUCUCCCUCCACCGUAAAACUGAACUGUUCAAAGAACCCAGCAUGCGUUCAAUGCUGAAGGUGCUGCGAGUGCGUUUUUAUCUGUUGCACUUGUUUCAACCCGACACCACAGCAGACGUUUUGUGUCCAAUAAAUCACCUUUUCAUAUGA